UUAGACAAGACAUCAAUUUAAAAUAAGGAAUAUUAGUUUAAUAUACAAAAUCACAUAAGACUGUCCCAUUGUUGGCAGUAAAUUGAAGAUUAGUGUUAUUAAAAAGGUGAAGAGGGAAGUGUAUCACAAGAUUCCUGUACUCCGCUGUUACUCUUUAGACACAUGCUACUUUGAAUUUCACAGGUUUCAGUGCUAUGUAUCUGAACUGAAGAAAAGCUGCACGGGCACCUUAUAACACAGACAUCUUAUUCACCAUUUGUUUUAUAACUAAAUAAAUAUUAGGCCUAUCACGUGGUUAUCUUUCUUAAUGCAUUUACUUUUUUGCUGCGAGAGAAGCUGCUGCUUUCUCCGGGAGACAAGACGCUUCAGCUUCACUUCAGCCCCGCUCUGGCAGCCGAACCUGGGGAAUGGACGAGCGGGUGACGUCACGGCAGAAGGCGGCACAACAAAAACAAAAGUUUAUCUUCGAGCAGUCAGCCGUGUAGGAUGAUGGCUACCGCAGACAGCAGCAUUGAGUUGGCGACUCUCAGUCGACCUUUCCAAUUAGGAAUGCUGUACGACUGCCGCAGCGACUCCCUCAUUCCAGGUGUUACUUUGUGGAACUUGGAGGAGCUGCAAAAAGACAUUGAUGUUCGUCCAAAACCUUAUACAGAUUUCCAGAUUAUUGCAUCAGACUCUUUAGAGGACAAAACAUCUGCUUUGAAUGUUGAAGCAUCACUGGCAGCAAGCUUUUUCAGUGGUUUGGUCACAGUUAAAGGAUCUGCAAAAUAUUUAACUGACAAGAAGACUUCUAAAAGGCAAUCCCGGGUUUCCCUGCAGUAUCUUACAACCACUCGCUUUGAGCAGCUCACCAUGAAUCACUUAGGGUACAGCAAUGUAACUUAUCCCAAUGUAUUUAAAGAAGGCACAGCAACUCACGUUGUUACAGCUGUUCUAUAUGGCGCCCAGGCUUUUUUUGUGUUUGACAAGCAGGUUUCUUCUGAAGAGAAUGAGCAAGAUAUUCAGGGCAGCCUGAAGGUUUCCAUAAACAAAAUACCCUUCAUGUCAAUUGAAGGAGAAGGAUCCCUAAAAAUGACAGACACAGACAGGAAAAGCACUGAAGGGUUUAGCUGUAAAUUCUACGGUGAUUUUGCUCUUGAAAACAAUCCUGUCAGUUUUGAGGAUGCAAUUAAAACAUUUGCCACCCUCCCACAGUUGCUUGGGGAAAAUGGAGAAAACGCUGUGCCUAUGAGAGUCUGGCUUUACCCAUUAAAUAAACUGGACUCCCAAGCGGCUCAACUGGUGCAGCAAAUCAGCAUAGGGUUAGUGCGUCGUUCACAGCAAGUCCUAGAAGAAUUCAAUGAGCAUGAGAUGCAAUGCAAUGACAUGAUGAACGACUCGGUUGCCAUCCAGUUUCCUGAGAUAAUGAAAAAAAUGAGAAAAUUCAAAGACAUGUGUUCAGAGUACAAACUGGUGUUCCAGAAAUCUUUAGCACGAGCGCUACCCUCCAUACGAGGUGGCGGGGAAGAGGAAGGUGUACUGGUAGACAUACUGAGUGGAAAGGAACAGUCACCAUUCCAAAACACAAUGUUAACAGAAUGGCUGGAAGACAAGGAAAGAGAAAUGAAUGUGAUGAGGUCUUAUCUCAGCAUUAUGAAAAAUGCAACAGUCGUGUCAUCAAGCAGUGAGCUGGACCAAACAGUCCUGGAUUCCAACAAUGAGUUUGUAGUGUGCUUCACAUUUACUUCAUUAAAGCAAAAAGAAACUUACCUAAAAAGCUUAAAAAGCUACUUGGCAUCCCAAGCUUCUGGGAUCAGUGAAAUGAAAACACCAGAUGCUAUUGAUUCAAAGGAAGAACCUGCGAAAUGGUUCAGAUCUGUUGAAAUAUCAAGGCAGACAAGGGAGCGUGUACGAUUAUUUUUGGAUUUUGAGGAAGCAAACAAAAGUAAAGAAAACACCAAGUUCAUUGUAGCCUCCAUACAAGAUGACCUGAAUGUUGGUUCUUCAGUUUAUCUCUAUGAAAGAGGAGUUUUGGUGACCAGUAACUUUGAGCUUCCAUCUAAACCUGAAACACCAGCUGUCUGUAGAACAACACAUGAUAGUGUGGAGCUAAAGUUUCCUACUCUACGAAAUGGCUACAGUGAGAUUAUUAAGUAUCAGGUUAUGUACCAGAAUGUUAAACAUAGUGAAUGGAUUACACUGGAUACAGAAGUCAAAACGGAAUCAUUCACUGUAUCAGGUUUAGAACCAAACAGUCACUACCGGUUCAGGUACCAGGCAGUGUGUAAACCAGGUGUGAGCUUAAGUAGUGACACAACUGAAGGGAAGACACUUCCAACAAGCCCUCCAGGUAAUCUCUCAAAGAACUACAUUGACCCACAUUCUAUAACAAUUGUUUGGGAUAAGCCGUCUUUCAUAGGAGAGGGUGUGAGUAUUCUUUGCUACACAGUUGAAUAUAGAGAAGAUAACGGGGAAAGCAGCACUGAUGAAACUACAAAAUGGACUGAAAUGAAAACCGAGACAACAAAGUGUCUGUACACACUGGAAAAACUAAAGCCCACUCAUUCUUACAGAUUCAGGGUGUCUUCUGUCUGUGGAGAAGCAGGUAGAAGUAGACCAAGUGCUGAGGUUGUAAUAGUAACGCCAAUGGAAAAGGAAGCUAAAUCAAAGAGUGUACCUCAAGAUAAAAUACAGAGUGAAAGAUUUCUACAGUUCUCUACAUCAAUAAAAGAGGGUCCGCCUUCAGUUCAUCGACUAUCCUUACAUGAACAGCCCCUUGGAAACAGUGAACAUUAUCAAAAGUUUAUAUUCGGAAGGGGGGUGGGAAAAGAGACGAAUAAAGUAGUCAUGGUUGUGGGAGCAACGGGAGCAGGAAAGACCACCCUUAUCAAUGGGAUGAUCAAUUGCAUCUUGGGUGUGCAAUGGGAAAACAAGUUUAGAUUCAAAUUAAUCCAUGAAGAUACAAACCGAACCCAAGCCGAAAGUCAAACCUCUACCGUGACUGCAUAUGAACUCAGUCACCAACAGGGUUUUCAAGUCCCUUUCUCUCUCACCAUUAUUGACACACCGGGGUUUGGAGACACAAGAGGCAUGGAUCAAGAUAAACUGAUCACUCAGCAAGUCAAAGAUUUCUUUACAGACCCAGAUGGAGUUGAUCAUAUUGACGCGGUGUGCUUCGUGGUCCAGGCUUCAUUGGCUCGCCUUACAAAACCGCAACAAUAUGUUUUUGAUUCCAUUCUCUCCAUUUUCGGAAAAGACAUAGAAGAGAAUAUAUUAAUACUUGUCACAUUUGCAGACUGCGAUGAUAUCCCUGCUUUAGGAGCAAUCAAGGCAGCAAAGUUGCCAUGCCACAAAGAUAAAAAGGGACAGCCAACCCACUUUGCCUUUAACAAUUCUGCAACAUAUACACAGAAUUGUGUGUUGAAGAAGCUUUCUGAUGAUAAUGAUACAUCUGAUUCUGAGAGUGAUGAAGAGGACAAUAGCCUUCGGAAAAAAAAAGAUGUCUGGCUCGACAGUUCAAAACAUAUGAAGAGAUUCUUCAGGACCUUAGAAAAAGUGAAAGGAAAGAGCUUACUUUUAACAAAGAAAGUGCUUGAAGAGCGCCAACGCCUUGAAACUGCCCUGAAACAGCUGGUGCCUCAGAUUCGAAUGGGUUUGUCCAAGCUGAAUGAAAUAAAAAGCAUAAGGUCUAGUCUGGAACAACACGAGGCAAGCCUCGCUGCAAAUAAAGAUUUUGAAACAGAAAUAGACGAAUUGAGAGCAAAAAGAAAAAAGACCAACAUUGUAUCAACCAAUUGCAAUACCUGUCUGUUCUCAUGUCACUCUGCUUGCUAUCUUCCUACCCCUGAAGAAAUUAGCUCGUGUGCAGUCAUGGACAAUGCUGGGAACUGUGUGAUAUGUCCUGGUAACUGUCACUACUCUGCCCAUUCGUCAGAGAUGGCUCUAUGGGAAUAUGAAUCGGUGAAGGUCAAGAAAACAAUAGGACAGCUAAAAGAUAACUUUGUAAAAGCAUCUGGUGAGUUUAUGACGACCAAGGAAAUACUUGAAAAGCUUGAAUAUGAAUUUCAUAAAAUUGAAGACAAAUUGAUGCAGCUAAUUGAAAUGUCAUCCAACUGCCUUGCACGGCUGGAGGAAAUCGCUUUAAAACCAAACACUCUGUCAACAGUGGAGUACAUUGACCUCCUCAUUCACAACGAGAAAGAAGAACGCAAACCGGGUUUUGAGGACCGCAUCCAAAACUUAACUGAGAUGAAGAGUCAGGCUGAAAUAAUGGCUAAAAUUGCAAAAGGAGAAAAACUGCUCCCUGAGGAGAAGAGGAAAUACAAAGAAAAAAUGGAAAAGCUCAAAAAAAUUGCAAGUCAAAUGAAGCAAACGUCAUCAAUUGUGAAAGCCUGGCAAUCAGGACACUGAAUCCUACAGUGCUGAUUCCGGAACAGGGCUUUAUUACAUUGAUAGGAAAGAACUGUUUCCUGAAAUACUGGUACCUUUGAACACACAUAGAAAUGCAAUAGAGGUGCUUGUGGGAUGAGACUGUGUGUCAACUAAUUCAAACUCUUUCACUAUCAUCCAAUUCUCCAGUACACACCAGUGUUCACUUUAGUGAUUUUUAUACAUUUCAAGUAUCUUUACAAAGCUAGUUUGCUUUCCUGUUAACAGCUGAGUCUAACAGAUUGGGUACAGAAAUGACAAUGUAGCCUAUGCUUAAAGCUAUGUAGUUGAUCAUAUAAACUUAAUCUCUAAUUUGUAGUUACAGUAUAAAAUGCAGUUUAUUGGUACAGCAAGAAAAUGAUUUUAUGUAUUGUUUUGGGUCAAUCUAAAGAUGCUAUUAUCAAAUGCUUCAGUAUUACUGCAAUGUGCAGGUUAUUUUGCAUGGUAUAAAUAACUGAUUAGCAGUUCUUCCAUUAUAUCUACAGUAUAUCUAUAUCUGUGCUUUUUAUUCAGUAGUCCAGAUUCUGGUUAUUCAGACUCCUCACAAUCUGAGUCAGAUCUGUAAUUACAGAACCGCAUUUCUAUAUGUUUAUGUUUCUCAUUUAUUUUGGAUGGAUUAUGAAGACAUUGCUUAUAUGUAGGGGUCUACUCAAUUCGCGAUUUCGACGGAUUUCGAGGAAAUCGUGAAAUACAGGAUUGUCUGCAAAAUUAACCUUAAAAGUAUUAUUCAAAAAAAGAUCUGAAUUACUGAUAAAAUAGUUUGUUUUAAAACUUCUCCGUGGUCACUGCGAUGCAAAAGCAAUUUACUUCCUUCUUUAUGUGGGCAUGUGAUAAUUAAAUCCAGUCACUGGCUUGCUGAAUCAGUGUCGUCUACUUUGUAUGACAUAAUGUUACAGUACAUGCGACAUCAGUUUGGUUGAACUCUAAAACAUAUCGAAGGCGGCAUUACUUAAAAUAACCGGACUAUGACGGACAAAUCGAAAAAAAUCUAAAUACAUUUCCGCUCAGGAGAGGGUGAAACAGUUCCCGACAGGAAUCUUACAUGCAGACAGCGGUAAAUUGUUUUGUUCAUCUUGCAAUGUGACUAUAGAUUUUUCAAGAAAAAACACGAUCGAUCGACAUAUUGCUUCAGAAUCGCCUAUCAAACGUAAAUCUACUGCAGAAGUUACUGCCCAAAAUAAAAAGCAAGCGACAGUGGCAUCGAUGUUUAAAAGAGCAACUGAAAGCAGUUCAGCAAGAAGAGAAGCAACGUUCGAGCUAGUGGAGGCCUUCACUGCUGCCAGCAUACCUUUGGAUAAAAUGGAUAAUCCGAAACUACGGGAGUACUUCAACAAACACGUAGCAAACGCUGGAAGUUUUCCGUGUGCAAACAAACUUCGCCAGGAUUAUUUACCAGAACUGAUUGCUUUGCACGUUGAGUCUGUUAAAUCUACACUGGCGGAAUGCGAUUCAGUUUCAGUUGUAGCUGACGAAGCAACAGACGCACAGGAUAACUAUAUACUCCACGUUUUAUUUGUACCUGGCAGCUGGAACAACAACGACCUGACUGUGUUUCUAACAGAGCCUGUUCAGCUUGAGUCUGUAAAUUACUCAACUGUAGCGCAAGCCACAGUAAAGGCUGUUGUAAACUAUGGCUUAGAAUUCAACAAGGUCUCGGCAUUUAUCUCUGACAAUGCGAUGUACAUGAACAAAGCGUUUUCUGAUGUGCUGCAUGGAAUGAUGCCGAAUGCAAUUCCCCUUACCUGCAAUGCACAUAUUCUUUCCUUGGCUAGUGAUGUCUGGCGUACAGGUUUUCCUGAUGUGGAUACCCUGGUUUCUUCUUUUAAAAAAAAAACAAAAAACGUUUAAACAUUGUCCAAGUCGUAAAUUGCGAUACCGGGAGUCAAUUGCCAAUCAAAGUGACAAAGCACCUGCAAGUGUCACUUCCACCGGAACCAGUGAUUACAAGGUGGAAUUCGUGGUUUAAUGCAGUGAGUUACAAUGCAAAGAAUAUACAGUACUAAGUACUAAGUGUUCCAGUCAAUCGCAGCAAAGUUAAAUCAGUACUACAAGUACGACCAGUUAAAGCCACCUCGAUUUAAACAGCCUGCUGCCUACUUUUUAAACGCUGUUUGCAUUUUUGACACAAGUCAGGCAUAUUUUCUGUGUUUUGACACCAAUCUACUUAAAGCAAUACCUGGAUGGCAGCAAGAGCAUGUCUACGAACGUGCUGCGUACUUGAACUAUGUCAAAGAAUUGCAGAUGCCAGUAAAAGUGACUGAGCUUUGGGACUCGCUUUCCGACCGCUUUCCGUGUCUCUACAAGUUGGCAAAGUGCUGCCUUACAAUUCCGGUGAAUUGUGCCGAAUGUGCCAUAUCGAUGUAUGGUCAAGUAUUCACACCCCAGAGACAAAGGAUGUCAGCAGCAACUGCUGGUGGUUGCUGCAUGCUGACAUUUAACAAAUAAGACAUUGCGUUUUAUGAAGGUAAGCAUACAUGUGCAUUCCUGAGCUUUGGGGGGUAAUAUAUAUAUAUAUAUAUAUAUAUAUAUAUAUAUAUAUAUAUAUAUAUAUAUAUAUAUAUAUAUAUAUAUUAGUAUACAUUGUUUUCUUUAUUGUAUAAAUAUAGCAGUGAAAUAUCCGCAAAUUUUGCUACUUAUGCCGUGAUAGACCCGCGAAAAAUAAAAAAAAAUCUCCGCGAUUUAAGUAGACCCCUACUUAUAUGUAACAUGAAUAGGUCUAUUGUGUUGCUGAAGCGCUGCCCUUAUGAAGGUUUUCCACAGUAUGUUCGUUCAGUAUUUUUACAGUUUUACCAUGCAUUUCCCAUGGUUAUACCAUAUAGUUUACCCUGAUUUGCCAUGUUCUUUUAAUAUGCUUUAACAUAAUGGUCUUUACAAUGUUUACCUAUGCUUUAUUACAUUGUGCUAUGCUUCUUCUAGGGGGAGUUUUUGUAAGGACAGGGAAACCAAACAACUGAUCCCUGGAGCCUAACACUUCUGAAUUAUAAACUUUUUCAUCAGACCAGUGCUAUAUUUUGUAUUGUUUAUCAAUGCUUUUACUUUGCUAAAUAGAGGUUUUAAAUUGAAUCGUGUUUUAUUGUUGAUUGCAACAUAAAGUGGACAGAUAACCUGGAAAA